AUGGGACGGGCGAGAGUAGACCCAGAGCGGGCCCAGAAGGCCAUCGAUGCAGUACGCAGCGGUGAGAUGUCGUUUAGGGUUGCUGCGGACACCUACGGGUUGAACCCGACCUCGCUCCACCGCCGUGUGAAGAAGGAGGUGGCCAUAGAUGCGAGGGUUGGUCCCGGGACUGUCCUGUGCAAGGAGGAGGAAGAUUUUGUAGAAGAUGUGUUGAUGCACGCCUUCCGACACUUCUUGCUAUUGGGUCGGGGGGAGCUGAAAGAAGCUGUGCGGAAGAUCUGCCUCGACGGACGCAAGGUGCCCUGGGACCCAGACAAGGGCCCGGGGGACAGCUGGCUUGAGGGAUUCAUGGCGAGGCACCCGGGGUUGUCGGAGCGAGCCACCCACAUCUGCGAAGCAAACCGGAUCAACGAAGACGACGAGCCUCGCCUUGAAGCCUUCUACGAGACAUGGGAAGCGUGCCUCGCGGAGACAAGCUCACGCCGGNCGAAGCAAACCGGAUCAACGAAGACGACGAGCCUCGCCUUGAAGCCUUCUACGAGACAUGGGAAGCGUGCCUCGCGGAGACAAGCUCACGCCGGACCGCAUCAUCAACACGGACGAGACAGGCGAAGUUCCACCCCGCGAGGUACAACGUCGGGGAAGGCUAUCGUGUCAACAGGCACCAAGGUGCCCGGCGCGAGGCGCUCCAACUCGCGAGAAAAUACGACGGCGGUCGCCAGCAUCGGCACCGACGGCCACACCCACAACCCUAUCACCAUCUACAAAGGCCAGCGUAUGCAACCCGCUUCGAUCCAGGACAAGAACGGCGUCCCCGAUGCGACGUACACCGUCACGGAGUCAUCCUUCAUCCAGAGCCACGUGUUCCUCGACUACCUUCGAGACCUCCGCGAACAGCUCGAUGGCGGCUUGCAGGGCAAAGUUGCCCUUGUGCUCGACGGCCACGCCUCGCACACGACCUUCGACGGCAUCAGCUUGGCCACCUCUCUGGACAUUGACCUCUUCCAGCUCCGGUCCCACACAUCGCACAUCACCCAACCCUUGGACGUUGGUACGUUCGGAACCUUCAAGAAGGAGCUCACCAGGGUGCUCACGGCCUACCCACUGAAAAUCGGGGGGAGGAGUCCGGUGAAGCGCGACAUGGCUGGCGUGAUUGCGGAGGCAUGGAGAGCGAGCUUCACGCCUGCGAAUAACAUGGCGGCGUUCAAAGGAGCGGGCUUGUGACCGGUGAACAUGGAGAAGGCCAUCAACCGACUACACGGCAAGAGGAAGCAACGGGAGAAUGACCGCCCUAUCCCUGAAGACCUCGCCGUCGUUGCCUCCAAGAAGCAGCUCGAAGAAGAUCUCGGCCACGCUGCCCUCCUGGAGCUGAAACGACAGGGAGUGAUGAUCGAGGGGCUCCGCGUGAACACCGUUGUUCCUCGGCGGGCUCAUCCGCCUCAUCAAGCGCUCCAAGUCUUUCGCGACCGUUCGGGCGGGCGGGGAGAAGCCCGAGGGAGGUCUCCUGUCCGCCGAAGAACACCUUGCUAAGGACAGGAAGGACAGAUAAGAGAAGGAGGCAGCUGAGAAAGUAAAGGCGGACGACGCCAAGGACCGUACAGAGGCAAGGGCAGCGAGGGAAGCCAAUCUUGGGCAGGGCGGCGGGCGGAGCGGCGGGCGGAGCGGCGGGCUGGAGAGGGAAGGGGGGCUGGUGGGCGGGUGGGGGCCGGUGCUCGCGUCCAAGCAGAAGCGGGACGGCCGAGAGGGGCGGUCGUUCCCUUGGUUCAGCCGGCGGCGGCGGCGGCCCCUUUUUCCUCUCGCGGCCGGCAACAAACCCCGACACCAAUCGUUCAUGUGUAGACUAGAUGCUGUACGGUUAUCGUUUUUUUAUUCGAGUGAAGGAUGAAUUAUUCGAGUGAGACAUACAGAAAACGUCAGUUGAGUGUCGAGGUGCCGAUAUGUAUUCCAGGGAUGUGCUUCAACAGCUUGUGGGGGUAGUUUUCGAGCGUCCCACGGGGGGGAGGGGGGAUGGGAAGUGUAGAGGUGUUUUCCGGAACCCCGGGGACGUUGAAAUGCUGUCCCCGGGCCUGAAGGGCUAUUGAUUUUUUUUGCUGCUUCGCGACUUGAGCUGAUCGUCUUGAAACGAUCUUUCGAAAGGGCGUUCGAGUGGUGGGAAACAGGUGCCAUUUUCUGCGAGAAGUCUCACCGCAGUGCCAAGCUACUUUUUGCCUUGCUUGCCGAGUUGACGUGCUUGAAUGUAUGUAGUAGAUGUAAGG